AUGGACGUUGGCCACCAUGGCUCUGCAGACUUGGACCCUCUGCCGCCCGUUCGGUACAUCCGCAGCCGCAUCACCAAUGCGUGUGACGGGUGCAAGGCGCGUAAGGUCAAGUGCGACGGAAGGCUGCCGUGCGGGUUCUGCACUGCGAGACAGAGGGCGCAGAUGUGCCAUUAUUCGCCUCAGAGGAGACGGAGACUCUCUCAGAGACACCCACAGCCCCAAGGGCUCUCACAAUCUCAGUCGCAGUCGCAGUCGCAUGAGAAGCUUCUGAGAUCGCCGCCUCUCUCCAGCCGGGAAUCGCGAGACCGCUCGGUGAGGUCGCCGAUGGGAAGUGAAAGGCGCGAAUCAGCGGCGACCCAGCCUCGCGAUGCUUCAGUGGCCGAGGACGAGACCGAGGUGCCCCGAGAGGCCCGUCUGCUGUGCGACGCCCACGGCAAACUGACCUUCAUCGGCGACUGUGCGCCUUUAUCCUUCUUUCAGUCGGUACGGAGGCUCGUCACCAACCGGGUCGGACAGAAUGCGUUUGCGCCGCACACCAGCAGGUUCUCGGUCCUGGAGAAUGCGCCGGCGCGGCAGUCGAAGCGGUCACUGAGAGGCGCAGACAUGCCCGAAGUCCGGCCUGUCCAUGUUGCGGCUGCGGUGUCGGCGUAUUUGGCGACGACGGCGGGCUUGGUGGACUUGUUCGACAGUGAGAGGCUCUUGGACGAUCUGAUGCUGUGGGCGAAUCUGGCGCAUAAGCCGGGUAACGUGACGACAAUCAUCCACUUUCUUGUCCUCGCUAUUGGAUUACAGGUGGAAGACGAAAUGCUGUCUCAGCAGUAUUUCGAGUAUGCUCGAGACUUGGCAUAUACGAAUCUGAGCGACAAUCUCGGCGUGGAAACGGUACAGGCCUUUAUCCUGGUUACCAUCUACAUGCUGUGCUCAUGCCAGAUCAAUGGAGCCUUUCUUUUCUUCGGCAUUGCUGCGAGAGCGGCCUACUCAAUUGGCCUGCAUCGGACCGAGGUGAAUGCUCGCUUUGGACACGAGAUUCACCAGCAGAGAGACCGGCUAUGGAAGAGCCUGCGGGUGCUGGAUCUCUUCCUUAGCAGCUCUAUGGGACGGCCUCCCUCCACCUCGGACCUCGACUGCACCGUUCCUUACCGCACGAUAGGCAGUGAUGGUAAUGAGGUGCUCAACCUUCUCAACGCAUCUGUUCAGAUCUUGCUCAUACUGGAGUGCAUCAUCAUGGAGAUAUACUCGCGGAAAAAGGUCUCCAUGCGGCUGACCGAAGGCAUAUCCCUCAAGCUGCGCGACUGGUCCGCAAGAUGGCUUGGCCAGCUCAAGGACGUCAUCGCACAGCCUGCCCUUCGCAACGAGGCCCAGGUCACGGGGGCUUGCCAGGUCCUGUCGUCGUAUUACUAUGCCGUGAUGCUCGUCUCACGGCCGUUUCUGAUUUUGAUGGUUGAUCCGAUAUUGGACCUGGUUGAACGAGGCGUACUGAAAGGCAAGGCUCCUCUGCUCGUAUCCUGGCUGUUUGCUGCUUCACUCGUUCUCGGUGUUGGUCUUUUGGGCGGGUUCGGCCGUAUCCUGGAAAAGUAUACGCAGUUGUCUAUACAAACCAUGGAGCAUUUCGCCCAAAACGAUGCUCACGCCAAACAAUACUCCCUGAUCGCCCAGUCACUACUCACGACAGCUCUGGAACAUCUCGAGCGACAGGAUCUCCAGGAACGGAUGAGACGCACCGAAAGCUCUAGUCAGCUCUUCGGCCUGGGCGCUCCCGAUGCAAGGUACCGCGGCUCGCUGGAUCGACCAUCGUUCUUACAGCACCAGGGCUUGUCACCCGGGGGGCCAUCUCCGCGGUUGGCUGAAAUGGAUUCCGUCUUCCUGGGACUGUCGGAACCGAUGCUGCAUACGCCUGAUACGAAUGCUUACUGGGAUGGAAUCGUAGGAAAUAAUGAUAAUGAUCCAAAUUCGGCGUUGAACUUGUUUCCGUUGUUGGAGGCCGGAGGUGGGAUUGAUUUGGCGCAUUGGCUUUGA